AUGAAGCUUGAUGGUAAUUCCAAAGAUGUUUCACUCAUUACUGAUGCUGAAUUCACUGAAGCCAUUGGUAGAGAUACAGAAUCAUAUUUACUUAAGAUAUUAAGCGAUGACAAACAUGACAAACAUACAGAGGAAUUUAUGUCUGUUGGACUUUCGGGAACUAACAAACUGUUGUUACAAAUGAGCAUUUUGGUCUUUGAUUACUCACUAAUCCAUGCAGACAUUGAUAAAUUAUCCUUGCUUGAAAAAGUAAAGCACAGAAAUCUUAAUCCAGAUGAGUUGAUGUACUUCUUAGAAAAGAGCAUGGCAGAAAAAUGCAGUGAUAAAUGCAUGGUAGCUUUUUUGAAUAUGAUGACAGUGACUAUAAACCUGAAGGAAGUGUUAGAAAUUGUCAAAUUUUAUUCUGAAUUUUCAAACCUUUCCAUUAAAAAGAGAACAUUGAAUGCUUUCAUAAAAACAGAUCAGAGCAUGGAUCUUGUAAAAUGUGAUAAAAAGGUGACUUUUAUGCAAUUUAAUGUGAAAGAGGAUUAUGAAAAUUUCCAAAGUUCCAUCUUGGAUAUUUUUGAUGAUGUAAAAAAUGUUGUAUCUAAAAAUUCUACAGAGUCUAAAAAUUUUACUGAGAAGGAGAAAAGGCAAAAAUUUGAUUAUAUGUGUAAGGCUAGGAAAACCGUUACAAAAGAAUCAAAAUCUCAUGAUAUAAAAGCUGGGAAAGUGAAUGCUAAAACAGGUGAUUCAAAAUCUGACAAAAAAGCAAUCAAGAAAGAAAAAUACUCUGAAGCAAUAAGUAUACGUAAAUCUAAAAUAGAUUUAUCUAAGGAAGCAAAUUGGCCAAUGAAAUCAAUACACAAAGUACCUAGAUCUGCAGUUCCACCUUUGCAUAGACCACCUCUAUUUUCUAUACUUGAAAGCAAGAGCUCAAUAAGAGAUGAGCUUGGAAUACAAUUCACAAAUGAUGAGGUUAUGUUACCAUUUCUUACUGUAGCUUUAAAUGAAGUUAUACACAAGAAGCAUCAUCUUCGAGUGAAGCUGCUGGCAAACUCCAAACCACUUCCAAGACAUGUUACUAUGCCAGAGGAUAUAGUAACAUUUGAACCUUUGUCCAUGUUUAGAUAUUUCGGAAUAUCCACAACAAUUAUGGCAUAUCCUUUCAUUCAUGAAGUGAAUGGAAUAAUGGAAAACCACUUCAAUCGUCUGGCUUCCUUUAAGGACUGGCCAUUGAGUGCACCAGUGUCUGCAUUACGUUUAGUGGACUCCGGCUUUUACUUCGAUGUUCAGAAAUCUUCUGUAGCAUGUUAUGCCUGUAAACUUCAUAUUGAAACUACAGAAAUAAGUUCUGUCCUUGGAGGUGAUACUGUUCUGAACAUGCAUCUAAGAUUGUCAGAAAAUUGUUCUCAUGCUCUCCAACAGAAGAGAGACAAGGAAGGUGUAGGAAGUUAUGCUUUACCAUUUCUUAAAUCAAAGAGUGAAAUGAACACUGGUAUCUUCAGUUCAAAUUUCCAUAGUGCCAUACAGCAGGAGAAUACCAAUCCGCUGCCUGAAUUGAAAGAUUUGGGAAUAAGUGAGAAAAAUAGUUCAAAUACUGGCAAUAUCUUUCACCCAUACAAUGAAGGGUCUAGUGAAAAUAUCAAUGUGCAACAGGAAAACAAAAUAUCUAACAUAACACGAGAUUUCUUCAUCAAUAAAAAUGAAGAAACUUACCUUAAAUAUGACAGUGGAUACAACUCUCAGAAAAAUCCUUCUUAUCUAACAGAAAAUGUGUCAGAUUCAAAAGGACUUCCAAUUCAGACCGAGAGCACAGACUCCUUAAGCUACAUGACCAUGCUCGGUGAACCCAACCUUCAACCUCAUUCACUGUUCGGAGAAGAAAUCAGCAGUGCCACUGCAGGGUUAGAGGAAAUGGAAAGUUCCCCAUCUCCAGGGAUAUCCAUCCAUGAACCAAGUAAAAUAAAGAAUUCUUCUUCAACUGCAUCAUUUUUUGAUGCCACAGCUGCAGAAGAAGAACAGUCUUACUCUAUAAGGCAUCCAGAUUACAAAACAGUGGAGUCCAGACUAAAAACAUUCGUGUUUUGGCCCUUCAAUGAUAAACAGAGCAAGGUCAUCUUGGUGCAGUGUGGGUUCUUCUUUACUGGACAGCAGGACAUUGUCAGGUGCUUUGCCUGUGAUAUUGGUCUGGCUGAAUGGGACGAAACUGAUGACCCUUGGUCAGAACACGCAAGACAUUCGCCACACUGUAAAUAUCUCAAAAAAAUGAAAGGACAGGACUUCAUUAACCGUGUACAACAAGAAUGGAGAAAAAUAUAUAAUCCUAAAACUCCUCAGAUGCAAGAUUUUAACAGACGACUAGAAUCCUUCAAAACAGACCAAUGGCCGUCUUCCAUAACCCAGACUCCCAAACAAAUAGCUGAGGCUGGAUUUUACUUCACAGGUGAGGAGGAUGCAGUCCGAUGUCAUUAUUGUGAUGGAGGAUUACGAGAGUGGGAACCAGGUGAUGACCCUUGGACAGAGCAUGCCAGAUGGUUUCCAUUCUGUAAGUUUGUUAUGAAGAUCAAAGGCAUACAGUUCAUUGAUGAAAUUCAACAGAAAUAUGAGAUGGGAGCAGGUAAUUUGGAUUCCUUGCCUCAGUCAGGAUCUAACACUACGGGUCCUGGAAAGCCCAGUGAAGAGGAUAACAACCCUCUUUAUUCACCAGCUGCCAAGAGUCUCAUCAGCAUGGGUUAUUCUAGGGUCAAAGUUCAGCAUGUCAUUGAUAAAUUUGUAGCAGAAAAAGGACACAAUGAAUUCACUACCAGUAAUCUUUUGGAAAUUUUAUUGGAAAUGGAGGAUAAAGGGGAAACAUUUCCUCCUGAACCAAAAGUCCAAACACAAUCAAAGCCCUCCUCUCAAGGCCCAGGCAGCUUUGUUCCAUUUACAGAAACAUCAGAAAGUGAACAAGAAUUAGACCCAGAAAUAAUUGAAGAGGAAAACCAGAGAUUGAAGAAACAAUUACUAUGUGUUAAGUGCGAGAAGUCGGAAAGGGUCAUUGUGUUCACCCCCUGCGGCCAUAGGCUAGUAUGUAAACCCUGCUCUGAACCAAUGAAAAGGUGCAUCAAAUGCAAGAAAAAGAUACAAAAGAAAGUCAAAACCUUUUUAUGCUAACCAAAAUUUAGGUAAUUCCAUAGAAAUAUCACUUAUAUACUAAUACAUGUAUUG